AUGACAAAGACAAAGCCUGGUCCUGAUAAAGAGGCCGUCACCACCACCACAUUCACGCUCCGCAACCCACCGCACUCCUACUUUCACCUGCGCCUGCACGCCAUGCCACCCCCAGCGGACCAGACAUUGGACGAAAUCACACUGCGCUCCUAUCUCACGGCAGCACUCCAGCAGUAUCUCGGACUCACCGGCGCCGCCAUCCCCGUGGACAUCCUGAAAGUAGAGGGCCCCAAUGCGUGGAUCCGCGUGCCCUGCGACGACGAGGUCGCCGUGACAGCCGCGGUAAGUCUGUGGGUUGGGGCCAAGGGCGUGAGUCUCGGCAUUGAGGCACGAGGGUCGUGGUUGGGAGGGGUCGUAGCAAAGGGGACGACGAGGGGGUUAUGGAGUUUGGGAGGAUGA